AAGUUCUAACCGGAAGUCGCUGUAUCCACUGGAGACUUGACCGCGAAGAGGAAGAAGGGUCUGUUCACAGAUUUCACCGCUUUACUGGAUUGUUUAUGUCUCGAGUCGACAAUAUCGAGGAAGUUGAAGAGAUGUCUGUGCGACUUGUGUUUUGAGUCACAUCUCAAGAGGAAGUCAACCACACAGAUGCUCAAGUGCAGCAAUUAAGCUCCUUGUCUCUUCCUCCAGCCGUGGAUCGGUGGAGAUGUUGGUGUCGAUGAUCAAUGUGUAAGAAGGAAAGCACCUGUGCUGCACCCCACACUUCCUCAUGGAUUCCAGCAACGAUGAAGCACUGGAUAUCAUCAUCACCAACGUGGUGGCAACCUUCAGGACCAGGUGCCACCUCAACCUGCGCACCAUCGCCUUAGAGGGAAUCAAUGUCAUCUAUAAGCCGGAAGUGGGGAAAGUCCUGAUGAAGCUUCGUAAACCCAAGAUUACAGCCUCAAUCUGGUCCUCAGGGAAAAUAAUCUGCACUGGAGCAACAAGUGAGGACGACGCUAAGAUCGGGGCCCGGAGGUUAGCGCGCUGUCUGCAGAAACUGGGCUUUAAGGUGAGGUUUUCUGCCUUCAAAGUGGUGAACGUGCUGGCAGUGUGCUCCAUGCCGUUUUCAAUCCGCCUCAUAGACUUCACCAAGAAAAACCGCCCGAUCGCAAGUUAUGAACCAGAGCUCCAUCCUGCGGCCACGUACAAGAUCAAAACUAUCAAGGCCACCAUCCAGGUGUUCUCCACCGGCAGCAUCACAGUUACAGGACCAAAUGUGCAGAAUGUGGCCACAGCUGUGGAGCAGGUCUACCCACUACUGUUCGAGUGUCAGAAACCCCUCUGCAAAUGAAACGAAAGGUCAAAGACUAAAGACGUGAAGGAAAGGAGACGAGGAAGCACCUUUUUCUUGGAUUUUAUUUGCUUGAUUUUGGCACUCCAAGGCGACAGACACAAACAGAAUCAAGUGACUGGGUAUCUACUGGAUUUUUUGCAAAAAUUCUCAUCCACCCUGCUCAGACUGAAAACGUCCCUCUUAUAAAACGUCCACGGGGGGUUGUGGAUUCUGCGGCCCUUGAGACUUCAACAGCCUCGGCAGGUUCGCCUGUGAGACUUUGAAGGAAAAACUGGCUCCUCGGAACCAGACUUGCACUGAAGGCUGCAGGAGUGAUCCCCCCUCUGGAUGUAUUUGCAUGGACGCUGAAAGACACGUUCUUCAAGAAUCGUAACAUUUUAACGCUUUGUGGUGUCGAACAUGUCGAGGAGUCUGUUUGUUAACACCGGGCCGCCUCACCUUUAACCUUACUUACGCGAUAACAAAACGUCCCAUUUGCCGAUUUCUCUUGAAGAGUCUCUGUCCACGGCUUGUUUAUAGAUGUUAAAGCAUAUCCAAGGCGUUAAAUGUUCUGAAUACUCCUGCCCAAACAGCAGUUCAACCACAGACCGAGUCCCAAGACCGUUACAGAGAGGAACAGCUGGUCUCCAUGCAGGACGCACAUCUGCUCACAAACUGCUUUAACAUCCAAUUUUAAAUAAUGUUUCCACAUUUUUAUACUUUUCAUGGUUGUCAGUUCGCUAUAAAUCCCAGUGUCUUUCUGGUUGUGCACACAAUGAGCGACUUUAAAGAUGGUCACGAGUCUGAAACAUAACUUGAAAAUGUUUCAUCAGGGUUCAAGUGAGCUGCUUAUCUGUUUUAGAUAAGGAACAGAGCCAGAUUGAUUUUAAAUGUUUGAAAUGUGAAGAAAACAUCUGAAGGGUUCAGGUACAUUGUGUUUUUAGACAUAAAGCCCCACUUACUGCUGUCACUUGUUCGUCCCAGGCUAUAGUGGCACUAAGUUAAAGCUUCAAAGCUGACAAGCAGAGACCUGUCUUUUUAAAAUCGCUGUACAAAACAUGAGUAGAAACUUUAACACCAUUGAGGUCAUGGCAACAAAAGCUGUGCAGCAGUGAUCACCGUCACGUGGAGAGGUUCGAGGAUACAUUUAUACACGUUUUUAAUGCAAUUUUAGGACCAUGAUAAGUGCUUACAACAAACCAUCUGUGGAUAUAAAAAGAAAAACACACACAACGGCAGAGUCUGUGUUUUUAUAUGGGAACCUACUGAUUAGCAGCAUAUUUCUUUGUAUAUAGUGAAAGCAGCAAAGAUGGAAACGUGUCUCAAGAAUGUGGGAUGGGCUGUCGGAUGAUUUGUGACACUUGUUCAAAAUUUUGUAUUUUGUAAAAAAAUAAAGGUCAAUACUGAAAAAGACCAACAGGA